CUGUGCAGGCUAUUUAUGCGCAUACCGGCAGUGCUUAGGAGCAAGACCCACUUAGAAGAACAGUCGCAUGCACUGAACAAGGGGUUCUAUUGGGACAUUGUGAUGCUACUCCUGAUGAUGUGCAACCUGGUCAUCCUCCCCUGGGGCAUCACCUUCUUUGAAGACCAGAAAACUUUGCCCUGGAUCUCGUUCAACGUCAUCUCUGACACCUGCUUCCUGGUCGACCUGGUCCUCAACUUCCGCACGGGCGUCCUAGAGGGAGACGACCAGAUCAUCCUGGACCCCAAGGUGAUCCGUAUGCGUUUACCUGAAGACUUGGUUCGUGGUGGACUUCAUCUCCUCCAUCCCAAUGGACUACAUCUUCCUGAUAGUGGACCUGGAGGCCCAGAUGGAGGCUUCGGAUGUGUACCGCACGGCCCGUGCUCUCCGUAUCGUCCGCUUCACCAAGAUCCUCAGCCUGCUGCGCCUCCUGAGACUGUCCCGCUUCAUCCGCUACAUCCAUCAGUGGGAGGAGGUAUCAGGAUGCUGUCCCUGUCCCGGUUGGCUUUGGUCUGUGUUGCGGCUCGGGGCCCAGUUGCUGUCUGUCAAGGCAGAGUGACGUCCAUCACACGAUUUAACAGCACAACUGUUGAGGCACCACCAAAGAAGACAACAUUUGGACCCCUGGCUGACCAGGAUAGAAUUUUCACCAACCUGUAUGGCCGACAUGACUGGAGGCUAAAGGGAGCUCAAAGUCGUGGUGACUGGUACAAGACCAAGGAGAUCCUGCUGAAGGGAGUGGACUGGAUCCUCAACGAGAUCAAAGUUUCAGGGCUGCGGGGGAGAGGUGGAGCAGGGUUCCCCACCGGCAUGAAGUGGGGCUUCAUGAACAAGCCCAGUGAUGGCAGACCAAAGUACCUGGUGGUGAAUGCUGAUGAAGGAGAGCCUGGCACCUGUAAGGAUAGGGAGAUCAUGCGUAACGACCCCCACAAGCUGGUGGAGGGCUGCCUGGUGGCCGGGAGGGCCAUGGGAGCCCGCGCUGCCUACAUUUACAUCAGGGGAGAGUUCUACAAUGAGUCCUCCAACCUGCAGGUGGCCAUCAACGAGGCAUAUGCAGCUGGUCUGAUUGGGAAGAACUCCUGCGGCUCUGGCUACGACUUUGACGUGUUUGUGAUGCGUGGGGCUGGUGCCUACAUCUGUGGAGAGGAGACGGCACUCAUCGAGUCCCUUGAGGGCAAGCAGGGGAAGCCCCGCCUGAAGCCCCCAUUCCCUGCUGACGUUGGUGUGUUUGGUUGCCCAACAACUGUCGCCAACGUUGAAACGGUAGCCGUGGCGCCCACUAUUUGUCGCCGUGGUGGCACGUGGUUCCUAGGCUUUGGCAGAGAGAGGAAUUCAGGCACAAAGCUCUUCAACAUCUCAGGUCAUGUCAACGCCCCCUGCACAGUGGAGGAGGAGAUGUCUAUUCCUCUCAAGGACCUCAUCGAGAGACACGCAGGUGGUGUGCGCGGUGGCUGGGGCAAUCUGUUGUGUGUGAUCCCUGGAGGCUCUUCCACACCCCUCAUCCCCCGUUCAGUGUGUGACACCGUGCUGAUGGACUUUGACGGCCUGGUCCAGGCUCAGACUGGCCUUGGCACUGCCGCUCUCAUCGUCAUGGACAAAUCUACUGACGUCAUCAGAGCCAUCGCCCGCUUGAUUGAGUUCUACAAACAUGAGAGCUGUGGCCAGUGCACCCCCUGCAGGGAGGGAGUGGACUGGAUGAACAAGAUGAUGUGGCGCUUUGUGAAGGGUGAUGCGCGGGCGGCUGAGAUCGACAUGAUCUGGGAAAUCAGCAAGCAGAUUGAGGGGCACACCAUCUGUGCCCUGGGUGAUGGAGCCGCGUGGCCCGUACAGGGAUUAAUCAGACACUUCAGGCCUAUCAUGGAGACCCGAAUUGCAGAGUUCCAGCAGAAGGACCAAGCCAGAGCUUAAAUCACUCCUUCGUUCCCUUCCUCUACCCUUCAUUCACAAAUGAUUUAAAUAAGAAUGCAUUGCCUCAUUCAUUGUGAAUAAUUGCCUUCCCGUUUUUGCCUUUGUCUGAAGUCGCCAAUAAAGCUGUAUGUAACUAAAAUAGUUAAACAAUUUAACAGUUGUGCUGUAUAUGUAUUGUUCAUUUAAGACUUACAAAAUUCAAUCUUGGAA